UCUUCUUCUUCUUCUUCUUCUUCUUCAGUUCACUGAAACCUUAGAGAGAAGAGAAGAGUUAGCAAUGGAGAUUCUGAAGUUUCUCUUUAUUCUUCUCUCUACGGCGUCGUUUUUAUCUCUAUCGGAAUCGGUUCCUCUCACGGCGAAUUACUACCAAAAAUCCUGCCCGAGAUUCAGCCAGAUUAUCCAAGAUACAGUCACCAACAAGCAGAUCACUACCCCUUCUACCGCCGCUGGAACUCUUCGCCUUUUCCUCCACGACUGCCUUCCUAACGGCUGCGACGGCUCCGUUCUCAUCUCCUCCACUCCCUUCAACAAAGCCGAGCGCGACGCCGACAUCAACCUCUCUCUCCCAGGCGACGCCUUCGAUGUUAUUGUUCGAGCCAAGACCGCUCUCGAGCUCGCAUGUCCCAACACCGUCUCCUGUGCUGACAUUCUCGCCGUUGCCACUCGCGACCUCGUCACCAUGGUUGGCGGACCUUACUACAAUGUUCUCCUUGGUCGCAGAGAUGGCCGAGUGUCCAAAGCUUCGACGAUUCCUGGUUCUUUACCGAAAGCUACCUCGCCGAUUCCUCAGAUUAUUGAUAUUUUUAAAGCUCGGGGGUUUACUGUGCAGGAAAUGGUAGCGUUAAGUGGUGCUCAUACGAUUGGAUUCUCGCAUUGUAAGGAAUUCAGCUCUCAGAUCUAUAAUUAUACCAAGUCGUCUUCGUAUGAUUCGCAGUACAACCCUAGAUUUGCGCAAGGGUUGCAGAAGGCUUGUUCUGGUUUUGAAAAGAAUCCUACAUUAUCGGUUUUCAAUGACAUUAUGACUCCCAACAAAUUUGAUAAUUCUUACUUCCAGAAUCUGCCGAAGGGAUUGGGGAUCUUGAAGUCUGAUCAUGGGUUGUAUAAUGAUUGGAGGACAAGGCCAUUCGUAGAGGCGUAUGCGGCAGAUGAGAAAAAGUUCUUCAAUGAUUUUGCUCGGGCGAUGGAGAAGUUGAGUAAUUAUAAAGUUGUGACGGGGAAUCAAGGGGAGAUUCGGCAUAAAUGUGAUGCAAUUAAUUGAACUCAGAGGCUUCUGUUUUUCAUGAUUCAUUUUGGAGAUUGCAUCAGGUUGGAAUCAAGAUCAUUUACAUUUGGUUCUUUCUGAUUAUGAGCAUAUGAAAAAUCUGUAUACUUCCGCAUCAAUUGUGAUAUCUGAGCCAAUAUAUACAUGUUUAAUUGUUUGGGUUCUGGGUUGUAAUCUUUGUAUUCUUCUAGUGGGGUUUGUACUUGUGUUGAUCAGCUUCUGUAUGAUGUGUAGCCUUGUAGAAGGGUGAAAGAGUUCACAGUUCACUUAAUUUAUAAAAAAAAAAUGUCCUUAUCUUAAUUCUAUGUCUUGUAACUCUUGUCCAUGAUUUGAGUUUUGAUCAUGGUGCUAGUUCUUAAGAUUUGAUUUGAACUGAUUGUUUUGACUGUGGAUUAAAGGAGAAAUAAAAUGAGAGUUGAAAUUUUGGUUCAA